GGAAAGAUACCGAAAAAUGUAACUGUAAAAUGAUACAAUUUUAUAAUCGAUUUCUUUAUUAUAAGAAUGACUCUUGAAUUAUUAAUUGUUUUUCUACCUACUACUUAGUAAUUCCUGUAAGUCAACCUUUCCUCCUACGAUGAACUUCUCAACCGAACAGACUAAACCACACUGGAGCCUACGAUUUGAGUUUCCGGCAAGUGGAGGUUUCCUUAUGCUGCUUCAUCUUCCUUCUGAAAAACUAAAGAUUUAUAGAAAUGGCCGACUCUGAUGAUAUUCAACCCAUUAUUUGCGACACUGGAACUGGAAUGGUGAAGGCGGGGUUUGCCGGUGAUGAUGCUCCUAGGGUGGUGUUCCCCAAUAUUGUGGGUAGGCCACGUCACACUAGUGUUAUGGUGGGCAUGGGCCUGAAGGAUGCUUAUGUAGGAGAUGAAAGCAUGUCAGAAAGAUGUAUGCUGACAUUGAAAUACCCAAUUGAGCAUGGUGUUAUCAGCAAUUGGGACGAUAUGGAAAAGAUUUGGCAUCACACUUUCUAUAAUGAGCUUCGUGUUGCUCCAGAAGAGCACCCUGUGCUUCUUACUGAAGCACCAUUAAAUCCCAAGGAAAACAGAGAAAAGAUGACACAAAUUAUGUUUGAGACCUUCAGUGUUCCAGCCAUGUACAUUGCAAUUGGCGCCGUGCUUUCUUUGUACACGAGUGGUCGUACAACUGGUGUCAUGUUGGAUUCCGGAGAGGGUGUUACGCACACUGUCCCAAUUUACGAAGGUCACGUACUUCCUCAUGGCAUCCUCCGUCUUAAUCUCGGUGGCAGUGACCUCACGGAUUGCCUAAUGAGAAUCCUGACAGAAAGAGGCUACAUGUUCACCACAACAGCCGAAUGGGAAAUUAUUCGUGACAUUAAAGAAAAGAUUGCGUACGUGGCUCUUGACUACAAGCAAGAACUCAAAACCUCAAAAACUAAAUCCUCUGUUGAAAAGCUCUAUGAGCUGCCCGACGGGCAGAUUAUUAAGAUUGGGGCAGAGAGAUUCCGCUGCGCAGAGGUUCUCUUCCAGCCACAUCUGAUUGGAAUGGAAGCUGCUGGUAUUCAUGAGAUGACCUACAACUCGAUCAUGAUGUGUGAUGUUGAUAUGAGGAAGCAUCUUUAUGAAAAUAUUCUGCUCGGUGGUGGGUCAACCAUGUUACCGGGCAUUGUUGACCGGUAUAUUAAAGAAAUCACUUCCCUUGCUCCUAGCAGCAUGAAAAUAAAAGUGAUUGCGAAGCCCGAGAGGAAAUACAGUGUGUGGAUCGGAGGAUCAAUCCUUGCAUCUCUCAGCACGUUCCAACAGAUGUGGAUUGCGAAGGCCGAGUAUGAUGAAUCUGGUGCAUCUAUCAUCCACAGAAAGUGCUUCUAAAUACGUAUUUUGUUCUGGUUUUAUAUUUUUCUUAUAUAUUUUCUGUGUCAUGUGUCAUGUGGAGUAAGAAAGGCACACAUGGACAUAUGUGGAGUUGUUGGUUGUUAACAAACAAGAGGAUAAAAGCCAUUUCAUUCAUUAGUCACAAUUCUUCUAAAAAUUGGGGGAAAUGACUAAUGGCUUCAUGAUAUUAACUGUACAAGCCAAGUUGUAUAUUAGAUUUUUUGUUUCAAGAUAACAUCUCCGAUGGUGGAGUUUCUGUAUGUUUGUUUUAGUAAUCAGGUGGGAAUCUAUAAGUGGAGGUAUUCUUCGGAAUUUAUAAAUAUUUAAAAGAAAAUUUUAGACGACUCUUAACUUGUUUCA